AUGAAAGUAGUUUCCAUCUUUGUUCUGUUUACGUUUGCUGGUGUUAUUCUGAUCAACAAUACAGUGAGUGCUUAUGACGAAGUAGACGAUGAUUCUGGUGAUGAUCUUUCUAAUGGGCAUAUUACCAAUAGUGGUGUUGGUAAUUGGAAGUUCCAAACUCGCUCCAUUCCAUCUAAAUAUAUACUCGGAGAACUGAAUGAAAGCAUUGAUCGCGACAAUCCAUUGGAAACUGAUGGAAAUUCGAAAGCAAGAAUUUUAAAAAGAAGAAACUUUCUUAGGAUGACUAGACGUCAAUCUUCUUCCACUUUGGAACAUGGUAAAGUUGAUGAUAAGGACAUUGCUAAGGUUUUCCCAGACCGUGGUGGAAAUAGUGGUGGAGGACUUUCUUCAGGUUCAAUUGCAAGUUCACGUUCGCGCGAAGCUUAG